GGCGAGCGCUGGACUCCUCGGCCCCACGCCGGGGCUCCUUUGAACGGUUAGCCUCAGCGAUCCGCCCAAAGCCCGUGCUCCAGGGAAGGUCCCCGCGGCGACGACCAUGACGUCCCUGGCGCAGCAGCUGCGGCGCCUCGCGCUGCCCCAGACCGACCCCAGCCUCCUGUCCCGACGGGAAGCCGCCUCUCUGCUCUUCGACCCCAAGGAAGCGGCCGCCAUCGACCGGGACACCGCCUUCGCCAUCGGCUGCACUGGCCUGGAGGAACUGCUGGGGAUUGAUCCCGCCUUUGAGCAGUUUGAAGCACCCCUGUUCAGCCAGCUGGCAAAAACCCUGGAGCGCAGCGUCCAGACCAAAGCCGUGAACAAGCAGCUGGAUGAAAACAUUUCCUUAUUUCUGAUCCACCUGUCCCCCUACUUCCUGCUGAAGCCAGCGCAGAAGUGUCUGGAAUGGUUGAUUCACAGGUUCCAUAUCCACCUUUACAAUCAAGAUAGUCUCAUUGCCUGUGUUCUGCCAUACCACGAGACAAAAAUAUUUGUACGGGUGAUACAGCUUCUAAAAAUUAAUAAUCCAAAGCACAAAUGGUACUGGUUGUUUCCAGUUAAGCAAUCUGGAGUGCCCCUGGCUCGAGGAACCUUGGUCACCCACUGCUACAAAGACCUUGGCUUCAUGGAUUUGAUUUGUAGUCUAGUGACUAAGUCUGUGAAGGCUUUCGCCGAGCGCCCGGGAAGUGCCGCACAGCUGCGUGUGCUCCUGUCUUUCUAUGCCUCCACCAUUGUGGCUGCUCUGUUGGCUGCGGAGGACGUGUCAGACAACAUAGUCGCCAAACUGUUUCCCUAUGUCCAAAAGGGGUUGAAAUCAUCUCUACCAGAUUACAGAGCUGCCACAUACAUGAUAAUCUGUCAGAUUUCUGUGAAAGUGAUGCUGGAAGAUACCUUCGUUAAUUCCCUGGCGUCGCAGCUCAUCAGAACACUGACCAGUGUUCCCUCUUUGGUCAGAGAUGGAUUAGGUUGCUUGAUAAUUCUGCUGCAGAGACAGAAGCCAGAGAGCCUUGGGAAAAAGCCUUUCCCUCACUUGUGCAGUGUUCCCAACCUUAUCAUGAUGCUUCAGGACAUUUCUGGAACGUAUGACAUCAGUUCUCUCCUGCGCUACAUGCUUCCCCAUCUGGUCAUCUCGGUCAUCCACCAUGUCACAGGAGAAGCUGAAGAGAUAGAUGGUCAGAUCUACAAGAGACUCUUAGAAGAUAUACUUAUAAAGCUACCACUGAAGAACAACUUAGACCAUUUGUUGGCUAAUCUUCUUUUUGAAGAGUAUAUUUCAUAUUGUUCACAGGAAGAAAUCGAUCCUCAUAAAGUAUCUUUGCUAAAUGAACAAUUUCUUCCACUUAUCAGACUCUUAGAAAGCAAAUACCCACAAACAUUAGAUGCUGUAUUAGAGGACCACCUAAAAGAAAUUACAGGUCUGAAGAAACAGGAGCUUUUUCACCAAUUCAUUUCUCUUUCUACAAGUGGAGGGAAGUAUCAGAUUUUGGCAGAUUCUGACACAUCACUGAUGCUCAGCCUCUGUCAUCCACUUGCUCCUGUGAGACUCCUAGCCGUUAAUCAUCUGAAAAAUACCCUGAAAACAUCAAAGGAGGGCAUUGAUGAAUCCUUCAUUAAAGACGCCAUCCUGGCCCGCCUUGGUGAUGAGAAUUUAGAUGUUGUAUUGUCAGCAGUGGGUGUUUUCCAGAUUUUUCAACAACACUUCAGUGCGGAAGAGACUGUGUCCCAUCUUCUGAGUAUCUUUCAAAGAGCAGAACUCUCAAAGAACAGCAGUUGGCACAAGAUACUUGAGAUAGCAGCAGACAUAUUGAUUAAAAAAGAGAUACUGAGUGAAAACCAGGAGCUCGCAAAUCAGGUGGUUGUACAUUUGCUGCCGUUCAUGGUCAUUACGAAUGAGGAUUUGGCAUCUGCUGAGAUGAAAAUUGCUAUACAUUUGUCCAAAUCAGGAAUUUGCUCUCUGCACCCUCUGUUAAAAGGGUGGAAAGAAGCUCUUGAAAAUAUGAUUAAAAUCACAAAGCCAGGAAAACGGAUUGGCGUAGCAAACCAGAAGCUGAUUUGGUUGUUGGCUUGCAAUAUAAGCUCUGGAGAUCGUUCCUUGAUGUUGAAGAUGGUGGAGGAAUUAAUAAAUGCUGCUGAAAAAGAAUCAGUUACUGUGAAGCAGAAAGUGGCCUUUCAUGUGAUUGUGUCUGUGCUAGUCUCUUGCUGCUCAUUUUUCAAAGAAACUCACUUUCCAUUUGCAAUAAGAGUCUUCAGCUUGUUGCAGAAGAAGAUAAAGAAGUUGGAAAGCAUCAUUACCGCUGUGGAAAUCCCCCCGGAGUGGCACAUGGAGCUGAUGUUAGACAGAGUCUUGCCGGAGGAGCUGUGGGCCCACUAUGUAGAGCAGCUGGGCAGUGCCCAGAGCAUUGCUGUGGAAGACUCGGUUUUGCUUGUCUUUUCCCUGAAAGUUUUCAUUUUUGCUGUGAAGGAGCCUAAAUCUUUUCCUAAAGGUGCCACAUGGUGGAACCCUGAGCGGCUGGACAAGGAUGGGAAGUACUACCUGCACCUGCUGGUGGGGCUCUUUGAGCUCAUCCUGCAGGGGACCGAGGCCCUUCAUUUCAGAGUGCUGAUGAAGCUUUUCAUACAGGUGCACCUAGGAGACGUCCUCCAGUUAUUCAAAUUCUUCUCUCUUUUGUGGACCUAUCCCUCCAGCCUCGCUGAUCCCCUGAGCUGCAGGGUGAAGUCAGCGCUGCACACGCAGGCCCUCUACAUAGGCUCCGCAAUGCUCUUUGCUCAGACGACACACUGCAGGCAGCAGCUCGCUUCCACCUCUUCGCCAGUGGUGGUGUCUCUACUUGUAAACCUGAGCAGCCCCAUCAAAGAGGUGCGGCGGGCUGCCCUUCAGUGUCUCCAGGCCCUCAGUGGACUGAUGGCACCGUUUCAGCUGCUCAUAGACCACUUGGUUCCCAAAGCAGAGGAGAUCACCUCAGAUCCCACCUAUGUGGUUCAGGAUCUGGCUACUCUGUUUGAUGAACUACAGAGAGUAAAGAAACAGAAAUCUCAUCAAAAGUUGUCGGAAACUUUGAAAACCCUGCUUUACACUGUAUAUGAAUGCCCAUCGUAUGUUGCAAAAGAUUUGCUGAAAGUAAUUCAGGACGUCAACAGUGAGAUGGUGCUUUCCCAGCUGCUGCCCUUGGUGGAACGGUUACUAGAGAAGAUAGAGAAGGACCCCACAGCCGUUCUGAAAGACGAGGUCACUGUCCUGCAUCUUGCACUGGGGAAAUACAAUGAACACUCAGUUUCACUUUUACAUAAGGACCCCAAGAGCUUAAAUAUGUUUAUAAAAGCUGUGCACACAACAAAGGAACUCCACCCGGGAAUGGCAACCGUUCAGAUCACAGCUCUCGAAAAGAUUACAAAGCCAUUCUUUGCAGCUGUGUCAGAUGGAAAGGUCCAGCAGAAACUCUUGUGCAUGUUGUUUGACCUCCUGGUGAACUGCAAAAACACCUGCUGUGCUCAGACUGUGAGCAGUGUCUUUAAAGGGAUUUCCGUUAACUCUGAACAAAUCAGAGUAGAGCUGGAGCCAUCAGAUAAAGCCAAAUCCUUGGGCACCAUCCAGCAAACAAGACGGCAGAAAAUGCAGCAGAAAAAAUCACAAGAUGUGGAUUCUGUCCAGGAAGUUGGAGGUUUGUACUGGCAGAGAGUAACGCUCAUCCUCGAACUGCUACAGCACAAGAAGAAGCUCAAAAGCCCCCAGAUACUCAUCCCAAGUCUUUUUAACUUACUGUCAAGGUGUUUAGAGCCCAAGUCCCCAGAGCAGGAGAACAUGGAAUACACCAAGCAAUUAAUUCUUAGUUGUCUGCUCAACAUCUGCCAGAAGCUGUCACCGGACGGUGGCAGGAUACCUAAAGAUAUUUUGGAUGCGGAGAAGUUCAACGUUGAGUUGAUAGUCCAGUGCAUCCGCCUUUCAGAGAUGCCGCAAACCCACCACCAAGCCCUUUUGCUUUUGGGUACUGCUGCUGGAAUAUUCCCAGAUAAAGUUCUACACAAUAUCAUGUCUAUUUUUACUUUCAUGGGAGCCAAUGUUAUGCGCUUAGAUGAUUCUUACAGUUUCCAAGUUAUUAGCAAGACAGUGAAAAUGGUCAUUCCAGCACUUAUCCAGUCUGACCAUGGAGAGUCCACGGAAGUCACAAGGAAUGUGGAAGUGCUCGCGGUGAAGAUCAUCAGCGUGUUCGUGGAUGCACUGCCACACGUUCCUGAGCACCGGCGCCUGCCCAUCCUGGUCCAGCUUGUGGACACACUUGGAGCAGACAAGUUCCUGUGGGUUCUCCUCGCCUUGCUCUUUGAACAGUACGUCACUAAGACAGUGCUGGUUGCUGCCUGUGGAGAAAAGGAUGCUGUUUUAGAGGCAGAUACUGAAUUUUGGAUUUCAGUGUGUUGUGAAUUUGGUGUCCAGCAUCAGCUGCAAAGCUUGAUGAACAUCCUUCAGUACUUGGUGAAGUUACCAGAGGAAAAAGAAGAGACUGCCCACAAGACAGGCUCUGUUAAAACUGAAGUCAAAGAAGACGUGCUGCAGAUCUUCAAUGUGGACACGCACACCAGCAAGCAACUGCGGCAUUUCAAGUUUCUGUCAGUGUCCUUCAUGGCCCAGCUCCUGGCUUCCAAUAAUUUCCUUAAAAAGGUGGUUGAAAGCGGGGGUCCUCAGAUCUUAAAAGGCCUUGAACAGAGGCUGCUAGAAACGGUGCUCAGCUACAUCAACACUGUAGCACAGUCCGUGGAAAAGAAUGCCGACCAGCUCACCGCCAAGUUCUGGCGCGCGCUUCUCAGCAAAGCGUACGACAUGCUGGACAAGGCCAAUGCCUUGCUGCCCACAGAAACUUUCAUCACUGUGCUUAAGGGACUUGUGGGCAAUCCUCUUCCCUCUGUUCGCCGGAAGGCUCUGGAUCUUCUAAAUAACAAACUACAGCAUCCUGCAUCCUGGCAGAGGAAAACGGUUCAGCGCUUCCUCAAACUAGUUCCAGUCCUUCUGGCCAUUGUGCAGCACAAGAAGAAGGAAGCGGAAGAAGAGCAAGCAAUCAACAGGCAGACAGCGCUGUAUACCCUAAAGCUUUUAUGCAAGAAUUUUGGUGCUGAAAACCAGGAGCCUUUUGUGCCAGUGCUGAGCACUGCGGUGGCGCUGAUCGCUCCAGAGCUGGAGGAGGAGAAGAACGUGCUAGGAAGUGCCCUGCUGUGCAUCGCAGAGGUCACGUCCACCCUGGAGGCACUGGCCAUCCCGCAACUUCCCAGCCUGAUGCCGUCGCUGCUGGCAGCCGUGAAGAGCACCAGCAAGCUGGUCCACAGUGAGGUCUGUCUGCUCAGCGCGCUGGCUGCCCUGCACAAAGUGGUGGAGACCCUCCCGCACUUCAUCAGCCCCUACCUGGAAGAUGUUCUAUGCCAGGUGAUCCAUCUGGAGAAAGUCACAUGUGAAAUGGGCUCUGCCUCCCAUGCUAACAUCCGUCUCACAUCUCUUAAAAAGACCCUGGCCACCAGGCUCGCACCCCGCGUCCUCCUGCCAGCCAUUAACAAAACGUACAAGGAGAUAAAGAGGACCUGGAAGAAUCACAUGGGCCCGUUCAUGAGCAUUCUGCAAGAGCACAUCGGGGUGAUGAAGAAGGAAGAGCUCUUGUCCCACCAGUCUCAGCUGACCAACUUCUUCCUGGAGGCCCUGGACUUCCGGGCGCAGCACUCGGAGAAUGACCUGGAGGAAGUUGGGGAGGCGGAGGGCCAUGUCAUCGCCUGCCUCGUGGCCAUGGUAGUGAAGCUCUCUGAGGCCACGUUCAGACCCCUCUUCUUCAAGCUGUUCGACUGGGCCAAAACAGAAGAUGCCCCGAGGGACAGGCUGCUGACAUUCUUCAACGUGGCUGACUGCAUCGCCGAGAAACUGAAAGGCCUGUUCACUCUGUUUGCGGGGCACUUGGUGAAGCCUUUUGCAGACACCUUGAACCAGGUGAACAUCUCCAAAACAGAUGAAGCGUUUUUUGACUCGGAACAUGACCCUGAGAAGUGCUGCCUGCUGCUGCAGUUCAUCCUGAACUGUUUACAUAAGAUCUUCCUCUAUGACACGCAACACUUCCUGAGCAAGGAGCGAGCCGAGGCCUUGAUGACACCUCUGGUAGACCAGCUGGAAAACAGGCUCGGCGGAGAGGAGCGGUUCCAGGAGCGGGUAACAAAGCACCUGAUUCCCUGCAUUGCACAGUUUUCCGUGGCCACGGCUGAUGACUCUCUGUGGAAACCCCUCAACUACCAGAUUCUGCUGAAGACACGAGACUCCUCGCCCAAGGUGAGGUUUGCAGCCUUGCUUACCGUGGUGGCACUAGCUGAAAAGCUAAAGGAGAAUUACAUUGUCCUGCUACCAGAAUCCAUUCCUUUCCUAGCAGAAUUGAUGGAAGAUGAGUGUGAAGAAGUGGAACACCAGUGCCAGAAGAGCAUCCAGCAGCUGGAGACCAUGCUGGGGGAGCCGCUGCAGAGCUACUUCUGACCCCACACAUGCACUCAGCUGGUCGAUCCUGGUGCUGGUGCCAUGUUGCUUUUGGCACCACUCACUGCAGAUACCUCAUGACUUCCCUACAGAUGACCUGCCCGGGCUGGGCUGCCUUUUGUACAGUUGGUAAAUAGGACGUGCUAUCUUUUUA